GGCGCUCUGGCUCACGACGCUUCAUCCAGCAGCGGCCGCUGAGCAUCAGAGCUCGGAUCCUCCUCCGUGUCGGGAAGGCGUGCGGUAUGCUGUCACACAUCCACUGAAACGCUGCUCGUCUUUUAUCUUCUGCCCAACUCCCAGCAGGAUAAAACAGCUCUCCAGCUCAGACCCAACAUGGGUUAGAGAGAAAGCGACCUAUGGAUUAUCCACUUUGUGCACUUCAGCGAGGAUGAUGGGGGGGCAGGAGUGGGAAGUGGACUUGUUUUCGCAGAGACAUCCUGACAAAGACGGGGACUGAGAGGGAAUAAGAGAUCCGGGAUUCGCUGCUUCAUCUCUGUCUCGCUUUUGCAUCUUUUUUUUUUUUUUGUGUGUGUGUGUUAUUUUUUUUAUUUUGUUUUUUAUUAUUAUUUCCCCGCGUGUGUGCGAGACAGAGAAAUGUUUGCAGAAUUGCUGUGCGGCGCCGUGGCUCUGGUCCUGUAUGUCAACACUCUGGGCGCCGAUUUCUGCUACGAUGACAGCCGUGCAAUCAAGACUAAUCAGGACCUGCUUCCAGAGACCCCCUGGACAAACAUCUUCUACGAUGACUUCUGGGGCACCUUACUCACACACAGUGGCAGCCAUAAGUCUUACCGGCCCCUCUGUACCCUCUCCUUCCGCCUCAACCAUGCUGUUGGUGGGUUGGAGCCCUGGGGUUACCACCUGGUCAACGUGGCCGUGCAUGGGGCCGUGACAGGCCUGUUCACCUGCCUGGCUCGCCUGCUGCUCGGAGGAGGUCUGUGGAGCCUGCUAGCCGGCCUGCUCUUUGCCUCUCACCCCAUCCACACCGAGGCAGUGGCGGGCAUCGUGGGCCGUGCAGAUGAAGGUGCCGCCCUGUUCUUCUUGCUGUCCCUGCUGUGCUACAUACGACACUGUAAGCUGCGGGGUCACGCUGGGCUCUGGCGGCUCGUGGCCUGGUUCCUGGGAAGUCUGGGCUGUGCUGCGUGCAGCAUGCUGUGGAAGGAGCUCGGAGUGACGGUCCUGGCUAUCUCGGCGCUGUACGACGUCUGCGUUUUCCACAGGCUCAAAUUGCGACAGGUCAUCAUGCUGCUCUACAAGAGAAAGAACGUCCACCUGCUGCUGAAUGUGUUUUUGCUGGCAGCCUGGGGAGCCAUCCUGUUGGCCUGCCGCUUCUACUGGAUGGGUAACAAACCUCCCAACUUCUCCAACUCCGACAACCCGGCAGCCGACUCACCCUCGUUCCUCACGAGGAUGCUAACCUUUUUCCACCUACCUGCCGUCAACUUUUGGCUUCUCCUUUGCCCCGACACACUGAGCUUUGAUUGGUCAAUGGAUGCCCUGCCUUUAAUCAGGACCCUUGCUGAUUGGAGGAACUUUCAUACAGUAGCCUUCUACCUAGGAUUGUUCUUGUUGGCUUGGUUCAGCUUGUGGACACACCAGCCAGCUAAGAGCAAGGAAACCAAUGGCAAAGCGCAUCAUUACACCAAUGGCAGAAAUGGGAACAGUAAUGGCCACAGUUACCAAUAUAACAACCAUGAACAUAUGAACAAUUCUCACACAGAUGCUCAUGUUAAUAGUGCACAAAAUGGUACCAAAAAGCACUAUGAGAGCAGGACUCCACUGCCCACCUCUGAAAAUGUUGUAGUGUUCUCUCUCGGCCUGUUGGCUAUCCCCUUCCUCCCUGCCACAAAUGUGUUUUUCUAUGUGGGCUUUGUGAUAGCAGAGAGAGUACUGUACAUCCCCAGCAUGGGCUUUUGCUUGCUGGUGGCAGUGGGGAUGAGGUCUCUGUAUGUCCGUCUGAGACGCAGGUCCUCCAGGACUAUGUUGGUGUACUGCAGCGCUGCCCUGGUUCUGCUUUUCAGUGUCAAAACUGUUUUGAGGAACCAGGACUGGCAGAAUGAGGAGAUGCUCUACAAGUCAGGGAUUUAUGUCAACCCUGCUAAAGCAUGGGGCAACCUUGGAAAUGUCUUGAAGAGCCAGGGCAAGAUGGAGGAGGCUGAACAGGCAUAUAGAAAUGCCCUCUAUUACCGCAGCAACAUGGCAGACAUGCUGUACAACCUCGGUUUACUGCUACAGGAGAGCAACAAGUUCUCGGAGGCACUCCACUACUAUAAGCUGGCCAUUGGGAGCCGGCCAACUCUGGCUUCGGCCUACUUGAACACAGGCAUAAUCCUAAUGAAUCAGGGUCGCCUUGAUGAGGCCAAGCGCACCUUCUUGACCUGCGCUGAUAUCCCAGAUGAGAACCUGAAAGACCCCCACGCCCACAAAAGCUCAGUCACCAGCUGCUUGUACAACCUGGGCAAGCUGCUCCAUGAACAAGGACACCAGGAGGAGGCCCUCACAGUGUUUAAAGAAGCAAUACAGAAAAUGCCAAGACAAUUUGCACCACAGAGCCUCUACAACAUGAUGGGAGAGGCCUACAUAAGACUGAACAAGCUGACUGAAGCUGAACACUGGUACAGAGAGUCUCUGCGAGCCAAGCCGGACCACAUUCCUGCACACCUCACUUAUGGCAAACUCCUGGCUAUGACGGGGCAGAAAACAGAAGCAGAGAGGUACUUCCUGAAGGCCAUCCAACUCGAUCCCACAAAGGGAAACUGUUACAUGCAUUAUGGUCAGUUUUUGUUGGAAGAGUCACGGCUGCUGGAAGCUGCAGAGAUGGCAGAGAAAGCCGCACGCCUCGACAGCCGGGAGUUUGAUGUGGUCUUCAGUGCAGCCCACAUGCUCAGACAAGCCAGCCUAAAUGAGGCAGCCGAGAAGUAUUACGGCCAAGCAGCAAGCCUGAGACCCAAUUAUCCUGCAGCCUUGAUGAACCUAGGAGCGAUCCUCCACCUCAACGGGAAGCUGCAAGAAGCUGAAGCCAAUUACCUCCGAGCACUUCAACUGAAACCGGAUGACACCAUCACCCAGUCAAACUUGCGUAAGCUGUGGAACAUUAUGGAGAAACAGGGCCUGAGGACCACGAGUCCCUGAGCUCACUCUGCCUGCCUACCUGCCAUCUGUACACCAGACCUGGGGGAAAGGACGGCCUACACGCUCCUCAUUGGCUCUUGUCAUGCAGGAGAGAUGGAAGAGACUCAGGGAGGAUGUUUGCUUAGAGAGAGGCCAUGACUGUGCCGCAUAGCCCUCCUAAUAACUCCUGAGCCACCUCAGGCCAGCAGCUUUCCUCAGAAGCAUUGCUCACAGUUUGGCAGGCGCUACCUGGUAUUUGGACUCUUUAGAACUUUCUUAAAAAUUAGUGCUCUCACAGGAACCACCUUACCUUCUUUUUUUCUUUUUAUACAGUAACUAGAGCACUUGAACCUGAAGUGAGAUAGGUACAUUCUUCAACAUUUGUGAUAAAUUAAAGUUUGUUUGUUUUUGUUUUUUUUGUGGAAUAAACAAUUUUAGUUCAAAAACAGUGAAAGUUGACCCAAGCAGUGUGGGAUAACAUAUAAAAGAGAGAAUAGAAUCUCUGAGCACUGCACUGAGGGCAUUUUCCAUCCCCGUUUAAUAAAGUUAUUAUAUUGAUCUGAUGUUCUAGCUUGAUAAUGAAGGAAAUAAGGCUACAUAAAGAACUGAAUACCAACCAGAAACACCAAAUUAAUCACAUAAUGGGUUACUUUGUUUUGCUAAUGAGAUUACUAACGCUUAUAUGAAAAUAAGCACUAUAAUUGCAAACCAUGUGUGUAAACAUGAAAAAGGGAAUUUAAUUUGGUAGCCAUCACAGCACAACAAUAGCCUCUAAAAGCUCUUUAAAGGCUGGAUUUUGCAGGUACAGUAUUUUUUGGCAAGAAACCUCAGAAGCAAAGGAACCUGAACCCCUUUCACAUUGCAAUGCCUUAUAAUAAAAGGUGCAAAUCUUCUUUUGCAGUAGCAUACACGUGGCAUUUUUACCAUCCAUGCUGUUUGCUCUGGCAAAGAAGCCAAGUCACCAUGGUAACAGUAAAAAGUUGUAAAGGAAAAUAUUAAGCUAUCUAAGUCACAGACAACAAAGAGGCAGGUACGGUAGUUUUGGUUUCAGCAUCUCCCCACAUGCCUGAAGCCUCAUAAGUGUGUGGAGCUGAAACAGAUGAAAGAGUUCUUCUAACCAAAUACAAAAGCUAUGCCGAUGCACAUUUUUUCAUCACAGUACAAUGCACAGACAUAGCACGUCUGAGGGAAAUGUUUUAAUGUUUUUGUUGGAAUAAAACUAAUUUCAUUAUGUUUGUAUAAAUGAAUCCUAAUAUAUACCUACCUUGUGUAUAGUAUACAGAAAAUCAUGCAGCAAAAAAAGUAGCCAAACUUGGAGUGGAAGCAGGUUUGGUUCCGUACAAGAAGUAUUUCCCAUACUGUCAAAACUGAGUCUUACGGUCUCAUUUUGUAUAUAUUCUGUGUAAUUAACAUCUAUUUGUUUGUUGUUGUCAGCAUACAGUAAGUGAAAUGGCACCUUCCCAGAAGUAAGAAUAUGUACAGUAUUUGUGAUCAUUUGUUUGUUAUUGGCCACAAACCUAUUUAGUCCUUAGUUUAUACAUAAAUGUAAGUUAUUGCUUUGUGUUACCUUAGCAACAGAACCAGCUGGCACUGUGUUUUUACAUGUAAAAUGAAGGAAGUUAGCAGUAUGAUGUCCAAAUACAGUUGAGUAGGCCAUUUAUUGUGUGUGUGUA